AUGGAAGCAGCAAAUGCGGGUCAUGGUGAUGUAUUCGAUUUUCUGCUGGAGAAAGGAGCUGAUCUGUUGUUAACAGAUGAGGAAGACGCUAAUGUCCUUCAUUUGGCGUGUGAAGCAGGAAAUGUGGAUAUUGUAAAGAAUAUCCUCAGAAAGCAAAUUGAAACCAUAAAUGCCAUAGACGAUGAUGGCCUCUCACCAGCAAUGCGGGCAGCGUUUAAGGGACACAAAGAGAUUUUUUACUUGCUUAUCAGCAAAGGUGCAACUAUAAAGGAGAACAAACGUUUUGAUGACAACCUUCAUGUUGCAUGUAAAGGCGGAAAUGUGGAUAUAGUGAAGUAUUUCCUAACACGAUAUAGUGAAGACAUCAACAAAGGAGGAAAUAGGGGACGGACACCAGUAAUGUACGCAGCGCGUCGUGGGCAUAGAGAAGUGUUGCAUUUGCUUGAAAGUGAAGGAGCAGAUUUGACAAAAGAGAGUGAUGAUCAUGACAAUAUCCUUAUUUUCGCCAUCCUAUCAGAAGAUCCUGAAAUAGUGAAAUAUAUAGUCAAACAUAAUACUGUGGACAUCAAUAGAGAAAAUGACGAUCGCAUGACACCUGUCAUGAUAGCAGCAGAGAACGGAUUUAAAGAGGCGUUUCACUUGCUCGUAAGUAAAGGUGCUGAUCUAACAAGAGUAAAUAAACAAAGGGAGAAUAUACUCCAUCAUGCUUGUCGUGGAAGAGGCAUGGAGAUAGUGGAAUAUAUUCUGACUCGGAAUAUGGUGGAGGAUAUUAACACAAGAACAGAGACUGGAAAGACUCCACUAAUGAUUGCAGCAGAAGAAGGCAACAUGGAAGUAUUUGAUUUACUUGUGAAGAAAGGAGCGAAUCUGACACUUCUGGAUGAGGAUGACAACAAUAUUCUUCACUUUGCUUCGGAACGAGGAAAUAUUGAGACAGUUCAAUUUAUUCUCUCACAGCACAUUCUGAGCAUAAACAGCAGAGGCGACAACGGACAGACGGCAGUAAUGAUGGCGGCUCUUCAUGGAAAGAGAGCAGUGUUUCUUUUACUGAUGGAAAAUGGAGCAAACUCAUCAUUCAUUGAUACGACUGGCAGGGAUAUUCUAUUUUUGGCUUGUGAUGGUGAAAACAUAAACAUUGCCAAAUAUAUCAUGACAGUUAAUAAGGGAGUUAGAUACGACGUAAAACAGAUAUUGGAAGAAACAUUCAUGGAUAGUCCAUUGGAAGAACUUGUACUCCAGUAUGCAAAAACGUAA